ACAACAUUGAGAAACUUAUAAUUUCAUGUCAGACUUGGAUUGAUUCAUAGGGUUUGCUAAUAUAUUGGAAUUUUUUUCACAGCUUAUUUGACAAGCUCUCUGUCACAAUUGUAGCUGAGAGAGAAAAAAAAUGGACCGACUUUCUGGUCUACCAAAAACUAUACUUCAUGACAUACUUGCAAAGCUUCCCAAUGAAGAUGCUGUUAAGACCAGUGUUUUGUCAAAAGCAUGGAAAGAAACAUGGUCUACGUUUCCUAGGUUACGUAUUUGCAGCAGCUAUUUUAUCAAUGUGCAUGAUUUAUCAACAGCAAAUUCUGUUUGGCAUUGCAGCAAAGACAUACUAGCUGAUUAUGUCAUGAAAAGACUGUUGAGGUUCCAUGAACAAGGCUUAAUAAUCAAAGAAUUUAGGCUCUGUAUGGACUAUAUUGGAGACUUUAAUUACAUGUCUCGCCAUCUUGAUAUUUGGAUGAAGAUGAUUUGUGAGUGUGGUAUCAAAGGACUAGAACUUCAUUUCCCUGCAGAUGGAGACUUCUUUCCAACAAGCGAGUACUGUCCUGACAAAUGGUAUAACCUUCCACUUUGUGUCACUGAAGCGAAAUCACUUACCGAGUUGAAUUUGAAGGGACCGAUCAGAAUUUGCAGAGCAUUAUUCCUGAACCAUUCUUCUACUAUCAAGUUGAACUCUUUGAGAAUGUUAUGCUUAUGUUCUGUUCUUUUUGAAGAUGAAGGAGUUAUCAAGCAUUUGCUUUCUUCUUGUCCUCUGAUUGAACAUUUUUCUAUGGAAGAUUGUUGUGUAUAUAACCCUCUAAGCAGAGAAAAUCCUUUACUGUCCAGUCCGGUGAAAUCAUUAAGCUUGCGUGGUCUACAAAAGCUCAAGCGAGUUUAUGUUAGUGGAAUACAGGAGGUGUAUAUUGAUGCUCCAAAUCUUUAG